UUCAACCAAACCAAAACAGAAAGAUCAAAGAUCAUCAUCUUCUUUGCCAAGAUAGGAAGAAACUACUCCUAAUUUCCUUUUCUGUGAACUGUGGUAUCCAUUCAGCUAUUCGCUAUGACAAGAUUUAUCCUUCAAACACUGCCAGUGGCUUCUUGGGCAGUAGUACUUACUGCCAUAGGAUCAGUGCUGCUUUCAUCUGUUUACCGACUGCGUACCCUUUUCCUCAGGAGGAAGAAACCCUCACCGGUUGCUGGUUCUAUCCAUGUGGAUGACGCAAAUUUGCAGCAGGAGUCGGCAGGUCCCCAGUUGGGGCAAGUGACAGCGCAGUCAUCUCCUUCCAGCUCAAUCCCGGCUAAGCCUGGACAGGAGUUUGAAGUUUUCUUGAGCUUUAGGGGAGAGGACAACCGCAAAACGUUCACCGACUGCCUAUACCACAGCCUGACAGAAGCAGGGAUCCGUGCCUUCAGGGACAAUGAAGAGCUCCAUGUUGGGGAUGAGAUCGGCCCCAAACUCAUGAGAUCGAUUAAGCAGUCGAAGAUCUGCAUACCCAUUUUCUCUAGAGGUUAUGCUUCGAGCAAGUGGUGCCUUAAGGAGGUGACUGAGAUGGUGAAGUGCAUGAAGGAGGCUCCUGAACAUCUGAUCAUGCCGAUCUUCCUAGAUGUCACGCCUGAUGAGGUCCAACACCAAACCGGAUGCUAUGCUGAAGCAUUCUGCAGGCAUGAGAAGAAGAAUGGCCUUGAAACAGUGCAGGGGUGGAGGGAUGCCCUCAAAGAGAAUGUCAAAUUGAAGGGUCUGGAACUCAGCGUAGUGGCAAACGGUGUGACACACCUAUGCUUUUCCAGAAAUCAAGGAGAAUUCAUUAAGUUGGUGGUUGCAAGGGUUCUGAGAGAACUGAAGCAAGCCAACUUGAAUGUGAGUGAGAUCUUAGUUGGAAUCGACGAUCACGUGGAAGAAGUUAUACAACUAUUGGAGGUUGGCUUAAAAGAUGUUCGCGCUGUGGGCAUCUGGGGCAUGGGCGGCAUCGGAAAGACGACUCUUGCCAAGGUCAUCUACAACAAACUUCUGGAUCAGUUUGAGUGUUAUUGCUUCCUCAAUGAUGUUCGAGCAAUUUCCCAAGAGAAGGGUCUCCCGUCCUUGCAAACAAAACUGGCCUCGGACAUCUUAAGGCGUGAGCAUAAAGAUUUUGCUAAUGUUGAGGAAGGAAUCAAUGUACUUAAGAAUAGGCUUCACGACAGGAAGGCCCUCAUUCUUCUUGAUGACGUUGAUGACAUUAGCCAACUUAAAGUGCUAGCAUCAGAUCUUGGCUGGUUUGGUCCAGGAAGUCGGAUUAUUAUCACAACUAGAGAAAGGGAAGUUCUUAAUCUAUUUCAGAACUGCUCUAUUUAUGAAGCCGAACUAUUAAGUAAAGAUCAAGCUUUAGAACUCUUCUCUAAGCAUGUGUUUGGAGAUUCCUUGCCCUCGACUGAAUUUUACAAUCUAUCCUGCAAUAUCGUAAAGAGAACGGGAAGGCUUCCCCUAGCGCUUGAGGUCAUAGGUUCAUUUUUAUCUGCCUAUCGUGGACGCAAGGACGUGUGGGAGGGUACAAUGGAGCAGUUGAAGAGAAAGCCUCAUAUGCUUGUGCAAGAUAAAUUGAUGAUCAGUUAUGAGUCGUUAGAUUAUCAGCAAAAGGAGAUAUUUCUAGAUAUUGCAUGUUUUUUCUCCAGAGCAAAUGUUAGAGAUCUGAUUCCCAUGUGGGAUGACUGUGACUUUUUUCCAACAGUUGCGAUUGAAAUUCUCCAGCUAAAGUCUCUGAUUAGAAUCCGAGAUGACAAGACUCUUUGGAUGCACGAUCAGCUUGUAGACCUUGGGAGGCUUAUUGUGGAACAAGAAAACUACAAAGAACCGGAGCUACGAAGUAGGUUGUGGAGAAGUAUAGAAGCUAUUGAUGUAUUAAUGGGAGAGCAGGGAAGCUCAAAAGUUGAAGCUGCUGCAAUUUGGGCAGAUAAAGGAAGAGUUAUUUUCACGAAUGAGUGUUUUAAGAAUCUAUCUAAGCUAAGGGUUCUUCUGCUGGAUGGUGUUGAACUUGACGGAACCUUUCUACAUUUUCUGCCAAAGCUGAGAUGGCUCAGAUGGCCGACGAAGAGCGCGUCUCUGCCGGCUAAUUUGCAUCUAAGUUAUUUAACUUUCCUUGACCUAUCAAACAGCGAAAUUGAUGGGGACUUGAUCAGUUGGAGUUCAAUCAAGAUGGGGAAGUUAAAAAUUCUUAAACUCACAAGCUGCAGGAAACUCAAAAGAAGUCCUGAUUUUUCUGCCUUUCCAGCCUUGGAGAGAUUGAUUGUUCAAUUCUGUGAUGAUCUGGAAUGGGUUGACUCAUCAAUAGGGCUUCUCAAAUCUUUGAAACAUGUAGAUAUGAGUUAUUGCCGGGGACUAAGGAAGCUGCCGGAGCAGUUGGGUUCUUUGGAGGCAUUGACUGAGCUUCUCAUUGAUUGUACUUCUAUAGAUGAAAUACCAAUAUCAAAAAGUAUGAAGAAGCUUGAGAUUUUAUCUGCCAAUGGUUGCCCCCGUCUUAAUGGAAUUCCAGAGUCAGUUGGAUCCCUGAUAAAGCUAAAGCGGCUGUCACUGGCAGAGUGUCGUGCUUUAACUAAACUCCCGAACUCCGUUGGCCAGUUAAGCUCCUUAGUAGAACUGAACUUGGAGAGAUCUGGAAUAACUCGUUUACCGAGGACUCUUGGAAAUUUAGAGAAACUUGAAGUUCUAGCCGGUGCCUGUCCUUUGAUGGAGGAAGUUGCAGUCGAUCUCAGGGGCCUCUCCCUUCUAAGAAUGGAGAGAUUACACUUGAGAAGGGUUAAGAGCCCUCCUGCAUACAUUAGUAGAUUUUCUCAUCCUCAGAAUGGUGUUGAUCAUUUUUUUGUCCCAUAUCGUGUAAAGUCCUUGGGCUCCUCGACGCUCACGUUCCUAGAUCUCUCGGGAUUGGUUGACUUAAAAGAAUUGUAUCUAUGUGGGGAUUGUCUUAAGGAAGGAUGCCUGGCUAAGCUAUGCAAAUUGGAGAUAUUGGCUUUGAUAUCAGUAAACAUCAGCAUUGUUCCUAAAGAGAUUGACGCCUUUUCUUCGCUGGAAAUAAUUAAUAUAUCUGCUUGCAGAGAACUCAAAUGCCUUCCUACCCUUCCUGCAAGUCUGUAUUCGCUCAAAGUUAUUCAGUGUCCAUCACUCGAGAGGUUUCCGAAUGUUUCCAACCUGAAGAAACUGAUGGAAUUACAUGUGCAUUCCUGCUCCGUCCUCAGGGAAAUCUCCGGCCUUGCAAAUCUGAUCUCCCUGUAUUCUCUGAAGAUACACGACUGCCCUAUAGCUAUGCUUGAUGGUCUUGAAAAACUUGAAUCUUUAAUUAUAUUGUCUGUUAGAUCCUGCAAUGUUGUAAGACUACCAGAAUUGUCCAGGUCGAAGAAUUUGUGGAGCAUAGAUGCUUCGGAUAACAGACAGCUAGUCAAGAUUCAAGGCCUUAACAAUUUGUGCAAGGUAAAAACUCUAGACUUCUCCAACUGCAUAUCGCUAGGGCGAUUACCGAAAUUAUAUGAGCUGGAGUCAUUGGAGAAAUUGGACAUCAGCAAUUGCAAAGCAAUUGAAAGCAUUCCUGAUCUGCCAAGGUUGCAGAGGUUAAAGAUGUUGGUAAUGGAAUCAUGUGAGAAGUUGAGCCAACUUUCGGGGCUUGGGGAAUUGGAAUCGCUGGAGGUAUUGGACAUAAGGCGGUGCAUAUCAAUUGAGAGGCUACCUGAUCUGUCAAAGCUACGAAGAUUGAAAAGUCUGGAGAUAGAAGUGUGCGAGAAGUUGUGCCUACUCGAGGUGCUUGGAUUGGAGUCACUAGAAGUAUUAAAUUUGAGUGGUUGCAAAGCAAUUGAGAGUUUACUACGAGAUCUGUCAAGGUUGCAGAGACUAAGAAGGUUGAAACUGAAAUCAUGCGAGAGGUUGCGCCAACUUGAUGGACUGGGACAAUUGGAGUCCCUGGAAGAACUGGUCGUAAAGGGUUGCAAUGCAAUUGAAAGGCUACCUGAUCUAUCGAGGUUGCAAGGGUUAAUUGAUCUAAGAAUAGAAGCAUGCGAGAAGUUGUGCCAACUUGAUGGACUGGAAGAAUUGAAGUCCCUGAAAUGCCUGUACAUAAUAGGGUGCAAUGCAAUUGAAAGCCUACCUGAUCUAUCAAGGUUGCAAGGGUUAACUUUUCUAAGAAUAGAAGCAUGCGAGAAGUUGCACCGACUUAAUGGACUAGAAGAAUUGCAGUCACUGCGAGUGCUGCUCAUAAGAGAGUGCAAGGCAAUUGAAUGCCUACAUGAUCUAUCAAGGUUGCAGAAGCUCGAAAAGUUGGAACUGAAAGCAUGCGAGAAGGUUCGCCAACUUGAAGGACUAGGACAAUUGGAGUCCCUGGUAGAACUGGUCAUAAGGGGGGGCAAGGCAAUCGAGAGUCUACCGGAUCUGUCAAGGUUCCAGAGGCUAGAAUGGUUGAAAAUGAAAGGAUGUGAGAAGUUGUGCCAACUUGAUGGACUGGAAGAACUGGAGUUACUGCAAGUGCUGGACAUAAGAGGGUGCAAAGCAAUUGAAUGCCUACCUAAUCUAUCAAGGUUGCAGAGUUUAAUGUUUCUGAGCACAGUAGCAUGCAAGAAGUUGCUCCGACUUGAUGGACUGGAAGAACUGGAGUCGCUGGAAGAAUUGGACAUAAGAGGGUGCAAAGCAAUCGAGAGUCUACCGGAUCUGUCAAGGUUGCAGAAGCUAAGAAAGUUGAAAAUGGAAGGAUGCGAGAAGUUGCGCCAACUUGAUGGACUGGAAGAACUGGAGUCAUUGCGAGUGCUAGACAUAAGAGGGUGCAAAGCAAUUGAGAGUCUACCAGAUCUGUCAAGGUUGCAGAGACUAGAGUUGAAAACAGAAGGAUGAGAGACUAUUUAGUUCAUGUAGUGACUAUUUAGCUUGCAGGACGUUAUGGUCUCAAUUCCAUGGAGGUUUGAGCACUUACUUAGGGAAGCGAACUGAUUCAGCUGCGGACAGCCUUGGCUAGGAUGAAAUUUUUGGCUUCCCCUUAUGGAGACUGCUUCUCGUAUUUUACGGUUCAGCUUAAAUGACGGUUUGAAAAAAAAAUUUGCAGUUUUUAGUUUCCUUAAAUCAUUGCAUAAUUCAAUUUCAUACUUCAAUUUCUGCC